AUGCCAGACUGCCCGGUAUGCUCAGAAUCUAUCGACGCAGAUGAAGCUGCCUUUUCGCACCAUGUGAAUGGUCAUUUCGAGGAUCGCUCAAAGUGCAUUGCACCGAGCAAGCUGGACGACCACUUUACAAGUGAUGCACAAGACGAAGAACUUGCGACCUGUCCUAUCUGUGAUUUUCCAUUCUCAGGCAUCCCCAUAACAGACAGACAAGCCCAUGUCAAUCAUUGUGCGGAUGGCGACCAUGCAUCUAAGAUCCAAGUCACUGGCCAGCCGCCUGCGCGAAUACGAGGUUUUGAUCCUAUCGCCACUACAGUGUCUGAAGGGGGCAGCAGUGAGGAUCUCGAAGCGGAUUUCGAUUAUACACCUGAGAACAUCAAGCGGAAUGGUCAAGCGGCGGAUGAUGAGAAUAUAGGGGAGGAAGAUUCGGAUUGGAUAAGAAUAGGUUGGAAUGGUCCUGCUAAACCUGGAGGAUGGCAUGAUUGGGUACAUCGGAAGCGGGAACGAGGAGACAAGUGGUGGGAUCCAACCCCUCCCAACCUCGAUCUCGACGCUAUACCACCCAACUUUUGCCCAUCUCUGAUUCCCGUCCUGCAUCACCUGUUGACACUCUCCUCGGCGAAAAACAUGACUCGUCAUGCUGUUCUUGCGAGCCCUACGACAUUGAUCAAAGGCGUGCUAGGUUAUGACAUGGGAUGGGGAUGUGGAUAUAGGAACACCGAGAUGGUCAUCACAGCGUUGUUGGAUUUCCCGUUCAGACCGGAAUAUAGGACUGUCUUUGACGCUGAAAAGAACGGCUCCGAACCCUGCGUGAGAAGGACACAGGGCUGGAUAGAGGAAGCGUGGAGUGAAGGAUUCGAUCCAGAGGGGAGAGCUCAUUUCAAAGGCAAACUAUUGGGAAGCAGCAAAUGGAUCGGACCGACAGAUAUCUAUGCCAUGUUUUCCUACAAGGGCAUUCCCUGCCAGCUCUACGAUUUUCCAAAACCUCAAGGGGGUCGAGGCACCCCACGGACAGCUCAUAUAGCCCUACAGCAGUGGGUGAGGAAAUACUUUACUGAAGAAGAUCAAGCGAGUGGAGGAGGACACAGCGACCAAUCCGCAUACGACCAAAUCAUGAGAACGAGUCAGAAUGGCUUGGGUAGAGGCAGUCCAGUGAGGUUGACCUCGAAACUGCCUUUGAUCCUGCAACACUCUGGACACUCGCGGACUAUCGUAGGGUACGAAGAGAUCUCUCAAGGCAAUAUCAACCUUCUUCUCUUCGAUCCUGGUCGAUCCAUGUCGAAAGAGCUCCGGAAAGCGGGGUUGGAACAAUUGCAAGUAGAUCAUCAUCGACAUUCAUCGAGCGGGUUGGGUCUAUCUCGUACCGAGUCUCCAUCGAUUCGUCGGCAAGUCCAUGCGUCUGGAUCUCGAAAUACUCUACGCAGAUCGAGCGACACUCGUCAUUCGCACGAAGCAAUGGUGUUUUCGCCUCCGUACACCAACGGCGCGUCGGAGUUUGUAAAGGUUGAUGCGCCCUCACCAGAAGACAGUGAUGAGGACAUCGAAGCGAGCGUAUCGGCGAAUGAUCCAACACCAGCAGAUGGGAGGCAUGGCGAUUCUAACGAUAGUUUUGAGCAUGAGCUCGAACCUGCCGAUAGGAUCCGAGACGAUGAGCAAGUCAGCAAAGGUGGAUGGGUCAGAAAGAAAGCCAAGGCGAUGGCUCCGUUUGCGCUCGUCAGAGAUUCUUCCAAGCCAUUAUGGGAGGAUGGACCGGGUGGAUUGAGCAAGGCCCUAGGGUAUUUUCGGGUAAAUUUGAGCAAGUUGAGCUCGCAUACAGAGUAUCAAGUGUUGGCGUUCACAGGUGGACCCCUGCUGUCCAGCAGAGAAAGGAAUGAGAGGAAGCGAGUGGUCAGUCAAGUCAUACGGUGA